CUGUGCGGACGGAAAUGUCCCCUCGCAGUUGUCGUACUUGUUUACCUGAGAGCAGACAGUGAAGCGGGAGACGUACGUUGGGAGAAGCUGCUGCGGGCCAAAACCUGCACGUUUGUUGGUAUUUUUCACAGAUAAAAAAAAAACUUGAAAUCACUGUUUCAAGAUGACGUCUAGAUAUUUCUGCCGUUUCUUUGCAAAAAUGGAAAGAAUGAGGUGCCACCAACUCUUCUUUUCUCAUGCUCGUUCUCCUUCAUGCCUAGCAACAGCACAGCUGUCCACAAAGAGUCCUCAGCCACUGGAGAGAAACGUUCUUCUCAUGGGUCCCCCUGGGGCAGGGAAGACCUCUGUGGGCCGCAUAUUGGCUCACAGGCUCGGGAUGCCCGUCAUUGACAUAGACGAUGAUGUUCUGGAGAGGACGUGGGGGAUGCCUGUGGCGGAGAAGCUGGCUGAAGUUGGUGAGGAGUGUUUUUUGGAUGAAGAGGGCCGAGUUGUGUGUAAUUUAUCUGCGUCUGGGUGCGUGAUCUCGCUGUCCGGCUCCAAUCCGCUCCACUCGGACGCCAUGCUCCACCUGAAACGUUCUGGAUUCGCUGUGUAUAUAGACGCGGACGUAGAUGACAUCAUCGAGAGGCUGUCCAGAAUGAAAGUGAACAGAAUCAUGGGUCAGCGUUCUGGCGUUUCCAUGAGGGAGAUAUUACAGUAUAGGAAGCAGUUUUAUGAGAAGUGGUCAGACACUAGAGUGUUCUGCGGUAGAGGGGACAGUGUUGAGGAAGUGGUGGAGAAGGUCCUUCAAGUUCUGGCUAGAUAUCAGGAAUCAGAGUCAGAGACUUUUACCUCCACGAGGAGCCAGCCUGGACCAUCUGGUGGCCUGAAGUUCUUCAGCGACGUUGUUGUGGAGGGAUUAGCUCCAGAUGGAGGCCUGUAUGUGCCCAGUAAAGGAUUCCCGAAACUGGAACCUUCUGAGUGGCUCAGAUUAGCCAAGAUGUCUUAUCCUGAGCGAGCGCAAGUCAUACUGGAAAAGUGCAUACAUCCGAUGGAUAUCUCUCCUUUAGAACUUCGCUCCAUGGUGAACCAGGCCUAUGGGGAGAACUUUGCCAGUGAAUCAGUUGCACCUGUUAAACAUCUGGCUGAGGAGCAGUAUGUCCUGGAGCUCUUCCAUGGCCCGACUGCAUCCUUCAAAGACCUGGCCUUGCAGUUAAUGCCGCAGAUGUUUGCACACUGCCUUCCGCAGAUGUGCAACUACCUGGUCCUGGUGGCCACGUCUGGAGAUACUGGCAGUGCUGUUCUCAGCGGGUUCAGCAGCCUCAAAGGGAGUGACAGGAUUGGUUUGUUGGUGUUUUUCCCAGAAGAUGGUGUGAGUCUCAUUCAGAAACUGCAGAUGACCUCAUUUAAGGAGGGAAACGUCCGGUCUGUGAGCGUCCUUUCUGACUUCGACUUCUGCCAGAGGAGCAUCAAGAGGAUGUUUGGAGACUCUAGCCUGACUGGUCACUUGGCUGUUGAGUAUGCUACCGUUCUAAGCACGGCUAACUCCAUAAACUGGGCACGCUUGCUUCCGCAGGUUGUUUACCACUGCUCUGCCUACCUGGACCUGCUCAGAAAGGGAGCGGUCACAUUCGGCGAUCCGAUUGACGUCUGCAUCCCCACUGGAAACUUCGGGAACUCCAUGUCCGCCGUCUACGCGAAACAAAUGGGCAUUCCAAUAAGGAAUGUCAUUUGCGCGUCCAAUCGGAACUGUGUAAUCGCCGACUUCAUCUCUACUGGACAGUAUGAUCUCCGUGGCAGGAAGCUGGUUGUAUCAAAUUCUCCCGCUAUUGACAUUCUGAAGUCCUCAAAUCUUGAGAGGUUCAUAUAUCACGCCUCCGGUGGGGACAGCGAUCUUGUCCGAGGUUUGUUUAUGAGCCUUGAGAAGCAGCAGUGCUUUGCAGUAUCUGAGGACUUACUACAGAGGAUACGGCAGGACGUCCAGGCUGGCUGGUGCUCAGAGGAAGACUGUCUGACCACCAUUCACAAAGUGUACUCCAAAACAGGCUAUAUAAUGGACACCCACACAGCUGUGGCCAAAGCGGUGGCUGACCGGGUGCACGACAGGACGUGUCCUCUCAUGCUGUGCUCCACCGCGCACUACGGCAAGUUCGCCCCGGCUGUUCUCAAAGCUCUCCGAUGCUCCAGCGUUCCAGAUCAACCUGUGGAGCAGCUAAACGCACUCUGUGCUAUUGGAGGUCGAGAGCAAAUGCAUAAAGCUCUGUAUAAGUGCCUGAGAGACAGACUGAACCAGCCACAUACCGUGUGCCAGUCUGAUUUUGAUGUGCUAACAGAUGAAGUAGAAUCUAUGAUUCAAGACUCGUUUCUGAAAGUCAUGUGAAUUUACAGCUUUAGCUGCCCGCUUGUUAAACACUGAUUUAUUAAAAUUUCAGCAGAACUCAAUAAAUAAAUUCAGAGUGUUUUGGUGUGGAACGGUUUACUGUGGAUAAACUUACAGACGCUUUAUCUUACAUAUAUCUUUACAGUGGUGCUGAUAGGAACCAGGGGUCACAAUGACUACAACACAAAUAUAGACAUUUUAUUUACUAUUGACAACCACCAGUGAACCCACACGAGUCUUCUGAGUGUUUAUAUGUAAUGUUGAUGAUGGUAAAAUAGUGUAAAUCAGAAAAAAUAUAUUUUCUUUGAUGAUUAUUUUGCUGCAGAACACCUGCAUAUAUGAAUCCACCAUGAAUUAAAGACGUUUUAGAUGAAAACCUCGUCAAAACUAUCAUAAUACAAUGUCUCGGGCAUCAGGCAGUGAAUUCAUAACCAUUUCAUGUAAUAACUUUCUGUGAGGAAGCUUUUAGAGGUGGACGUCUGGUUCCUAUCACCACCACUGUGAACAGUUCUGACUCUGUAAGUUUCUCUAGAUCAGAGCAUUUCACACCAAACCACCCUGAAUGGCUUUGCUUACAUCUGUAUCUAUUUAAUUAUGCAGACAUUUUGAAAAAUUGGUGGAAUUCCUCUUUAAGGCAGAUGGUACUUUUCAAACCUGUCCACUAGAUGGUGCUGUCUACCUGCGUUAUCAAAAUUUGUAUUAUUUUUAAGGCCCAAAAAGUUCACAGUCCACACAACACAGUCUACAUAACUGUAUAACUUGCACAUUAGUUUAAGAGUAGUUACUGAAUAACAGUAUGGUAGUAUUAAUAAUAACUGCUUAUUAAUAAGCCCACAGUUUAAGGGCACUGAUCAGCGUUAUUCAAGUCCAUGACUGUACAGGUUUAGUUUGUUCUUUGUUUCUGAAACACUUGAUUUAACUAAUCACUGUAUUGUUUUCAUUAAAAAAGGAUCAAUAAAGCUAUUUUAAAAAUAAUGCACUCUCAAAUGCAGUGACAUAAAAUGAUUGUAUUAAAUAAAUUGUAAUGAGAUUAAAUAUAAUAAAAUAA